CUCCCGGAACGAUGGACGACGCUCUCGAUUCUCCUUCAUCAUCUCACUCCCACAAUGCCAGCGGAAGCGGAGGCAGUGGCCUGCGACUCGUUCUCCCAUCUCUCAAGACAGUACAGGCAUUAAAGAACAAGAAAAGCCGGAAAAGCCUCACCAGUCCGUACGAUGACGGCAAGGUGCAGAAGAUCCCUCGGCCGCCAAAGCUCAAGCCGCUGAAGGAGGUGCUCACGAAACUCAUCGCGCAGAUCAAAAAGAAAGAUGAUUAUGCAUUUUUCUUGCAACCAGUGGAUGUCUCGCAGGUCCCCGGUUACAUGGAUGUGAUUCAACGACCUAUGGAUCUAGGCACGAUGUCUCACAAGAUCCAGCGCGGAAGAUAUCGAUCACUGGAGGAGUUUGCGGACGACAUCCGGCUGGUCACCACGAACGCAAAGACAUUCAACCCGCCCGGCACGAUCUACUAUACUGAAGCGGAGAAGAUAGAGGCCUUUGCCCUCGAGCACAUCGCAAAGGCGUCCGCCAGCGUGAUCGAGUACGAGACGGAUUGGAAUAUCGAGAUCGAGGGGGACCACGAAGCGCAGGACAAUCGCACGCCAAUGGACGUCGACGACAGGGCGUCCACUGCAUCUGCACCCACUCCCGCUACUGCGUCGACGAUCGCACAUCCCCGCCGGCGGGCUGCCGCAGCGGCAGGUACACGGAAGCUGCCAGGCGCCCUGUCGGAGACCCUUGAGGAUGACGGUGGACUGCCUGGUGCGAAGGAUGGCCUGGGCGCGUUCCCGCCGGGCUCGGACUGGGCAGAAUUGAUGCUGGCGCUCAAGUUGCGAGGCAAGCGACACAGAACGAAGAAGGAGCGAUUGCGGAUGGAGAAGGGAGGCCCGCCGUAUCGAGCAGACGGCAGCCUCGACUACGCUGAACUGGACAACCCAUUUUCUGUCCUCUCCUUUUUCGCCCCCGAGUAUCCUUCACGACCACUCCUCACCCCACUCUUCCCCUCUUUCCGACCCUCCGAUCGUCCUGGCGCACCCUAUCCAUCCCCGGUGAACCUCCCUGCCUCGCCCACCGCACCGGUCCCCGUCCCCUCCACGCUGAAGAUCUCUGCCAGGUCCCGCACACGCGCGACUCGGCGACACUGGACGAUCAUCCGUAAUGCGCCUGCGCGCAGCCGCGCGCGUGAGCGGGACAACGAGGGCGAGUCUCCGCCCGGCCGAGAGCCUGCGGCGGUGGACUUUGGCGUGUAUGCGACGCUGAUGGGUGAGCUCGCGAAGCAGAGGCAGGUCAAGGACAUAGCGAAGGAGUUCAACUCGGAGGAGAAGGUGUGUGAGGCAAUACGGGAGAGUAUCGAGGCGAGCACGGCAGAAGGCUAUCCAAUGGAUGUGCAGAUGGGUGGUGCGGAGGGUGCAGGAGAAGAGUACUGGAGGGGCAAGGACGCGGAGGCGGAGGAGUAUCUGCGGGACGUUGUCUACGGAGGUGUAGACGGACUUGCGUACGUGCGGAGUCUCGCAGAGUUCGUCAGACCGCCCGAGGACCUCGAGGAAACCCGCAAACCACUGAACAAGGCUCUGGGUAUGCCGCUUGCCGCAUACGUCGACACGCACAUCCUCGAGCCGCUCACCGGCGGACGGCAUCGGCUCCUCUGCGAGGCCGCACGCCGGCUAGACGACCCCGCCUUCCACGCAUCGCCUCAAGUUCUCCUACAGCUAUCCCUCUCCGCACAUCUCUACCCUCACAUCGCGCACAAUCUCUCCCAGCUGCAGGCCGCUUUAGGCGUGCAGAUCGACAUGACGCCCUUGAUCCGUGCGCCAGAGGAGCUCUACCGCGUCGAGGAGGCGUGGGAUGGACGUGCGGUGAUGGAGGCGAGGAGACAGGCGGAGGAGGAGGAGCGUGCGGCGGGUGCCGGCAGCGCGAUGGAAUACCUGCAGUAUGCAAUCGAGCAGAACCAGGAGGGCGUGACGGCGGGGACGGAAGUUCAGGAGGACGCGGCUCUGCUACAAUACAUACUCGACCGCUCGGCAGAUGCAAUCGACGAGAUCGCAAGGCGGCGUGGGGCCCCAGACAGCGCGAAGGUGGAGAACUCGACGGAAGGCGCGACCUCGGAGCCAGCGACGAAGACGGAGAGCGGCGAAGACGAGGAUCCUCGUAUGCGGCAGCUUCGGCUGAACCUGCUCGCGCUGGCAAAGCGGGCACCGCUGGACCAGAUCGCAAAGCUCCCGCCGGAGCUGGUGCCGGAGCGCCUGCGUACGGUCGUGCCUACCAUGGAUUCGUGAACUGAUCGGUGUAUGCUAUAUCGUGGUGUAGAGCUCUGGAUUGUAAUUCUUACGGUCCGCUUGCCAUAGAGCUGCAGGAUGUCACAUAUCUGCAAUGUAUGCUCUGCCGAGUAUAUCGGCUGCAGCGGUUUGGAACGCACAUGCAUCGCAUUCGUUAAUAUUGGUUCGCACUGUCUUUUUGCUUG